UGCAAGCAGUCCAUCAAUUCAUCGUCCCACCACAAACAAAUAUUCAUCAGCGGCAAUAUGGCGAAGAAAGGCGUAACACAGUCUCCCAAGGCAGGUCCCAAGACCAAGUCACCAGUUAGAGACGGCAAGUCAGUUGAAAAGAAAAGCGACAGGAGAAAGUCAUUUGAGCCGGUUGUUGAGAAGAUGGUGGAGGCGUACGGGGAGGAGUGGGAAGACGAGAGCGACGAAGAGGCGCCCGAGACCAAUGGCAGCAAAGGAAACAAGAGGAAAGCCCGGGAUGACGAGCCGAGCGAGGAAGAGAGCGAUUCCGAGGAUAGCGACCAUGAGCACGGCGGCAUCGAUCUCGAGGGGAUAGACGACUCCGACUCGGAAUCAGAGCUUGACUCAGACGGCGAUGCCGAAAAGGACGACGACAAAGAGGAGGAGGAUGAUGAUGAAGAAGAAAUUGACGUCGACGAGCUGUCAGCGGAGGACGAGGAAGACGAAGAGCAGAUCGCCGCCGGCACUCGCGUUCGCCAAACCAUCAACAACAAGGAGGGUCUCCUCGCCGCCCUCCGACGCUUCGCCCUCGACACAAACCCCAAGACCGUCCCGUUCGCCUUCCACCAGUCAGUCGUCUCCUCUAAAAAGACUGAAGACUCUAUACCCUCCAUCGAUGACGACCUGCAGCGUGAGCUGGCCUUCAUGAACCAAGCCCUUGAAGCCGCCCGGCAAGGGCGCGCCCUGCUGCGCAAGGAGGGCGUCCCCUUCACCCGGCCGACAGAUUACUUUGCCGAGACAGUCCGCAGCGACGAGACUAUGCAGAAGGUCAAGGCGAAGCUGGUCGAGGAUGCGACAGCCAAGAAGGCGGCCGCCGAGGCCCGCAAGCAGCGCGACCUCAAGAAGUUCGGCAAGCAGGUCCAGGUGCAGAAGCAGCUCGAGCGCCAAAAGCAGAAGCGCGAGACGCUCGAGAAGAUCAACCUGCUCAAGCGGAAACGACAAGAAGGCGGCUCGUCGGCCCUCGGCGCAACCGAAGCAGACGACCUCUUCGACGUGGCUGUGGACAACGAGCUCCGGUCGGCCGGCAACAGCAAGAAGCGCGCGGCAACAGGGGACAGCCGCGGUGCGCCAAACGCCAAGCGGCAAAAGAAGGACGCCAAGUACGGCUUCGGCGGCAAAAAGCGCUUCUCCAAGUCGGGCGACGCCAUGUCGUCUGGCGACUUGAGCGGCUUCAGUGCGAAGAGAAUGAAGAGCGGCGGAGCCGCGGGUGGGGGGCCGAAGAAAGGGGGCAAGGCGCCUAGGCCAGGAAAGUCACGGAGAAAGGCCAUGGCUGGGAAGAGGUAGCUCGGCACGGUUGUGGGUGUGUAGGAGUCGUUGUCUUAUUCAUUCAAGGGUACUUACGCUGCGGAAUGCGGUGUCUGGAGGUUGCCGCGCCGGAAUUGGCCCGGCCUUGACAAGACAAGAAUUGGUGUGACAAAUCGCCUGUGAAAUGGGACUCACCAUACGUGUCGACGACAAAGCAAGCCGCCGAGGACUUCCUUGGCGGAACUCGAACAGUAGCUUACAGCGGCAAAUAUUAUGCUACGAAUCCAGCAGGGACAAGCCAAUCUGACAAUUCAGUGCCAUCCGUACCUUAGUCAAGCGCACAGUGAUAUCGUAAUGCUGAGAGACACUGGACACUCGACAUUAGCUCACCUCUCCAGAAGUAGCCCUUUGCUUGUAGCGCAAGUCCUCAGGGACCCAGCAUUCUGCCUCAGACAG